AUGGCUCUGCGCUACUCCAUGGCCAUGGGCCUCAACAAGGGCCACAAGGUGACCAAGAAUGUGAGCAAGCUGAGGCACAGCCGCUGGCAUGGUCGCCUCACCAAGCAUACAAAGUUCGUGUGGGACAUGAUCCGAGAGGUGUGUGGCUUUGCCCCAUAUGAGCACUGCACCAUGGAACUGCUCAAGGUCUCCAAGGACAAAUGGGCCCUCAAGUUUAUUAAGAAAAGGUUGGGGGCACACAUCUGUGCCAAGAGGAAGCGACAGGAGCUGAGCAAUGUCCUGGCUGCCAUGAGGAAAGUGGCUGCCAAGAAGGACUGA